UGGGGAGAUGAUUGCAACCACCACCCGGCAGGGCUGCAUCCUAGAGCUGCGCGCCGGAGCCUUCGCCAUGACUACCCUGCUGGGAGCCGCCAGUGGAGGAGCUCUGGCAGUGUGCACUGUGCCUUUCGCGCUGACCACUGCGGGCUUCACCGCAACCAGGAUCGCAGUUUCCUCCGUGGCCGCGAAAAUGAUGUCAGCCGCAGCCAUUGCCAACGGGGGCGGGGUUGCGGCGGGAGGCCUGGUGGCCACCCUGCAGUCCAUUGGGGCAGCUGGACUCUCUACAUCAUCCAACAUAGUGUUGGGCUCUGUCGGGGCCGCUAUAGGGGCCUUGUUUGGGAAUUCAACUACAUCUUAAGCAGCCAGGAUAAAAUGCAUCCUGAGUUGAACC